CUGCGCCAUACCAUGUAGACAUUUGAUUAAUUGAUUCGUGUUGAAUUUGUAGUUUGUCUCCGCGUCCAUAGAAUGUUUCCCUUGUAUCUUACAUUGUCAAAGCCCCUGGAGAGUCCCAGGGCCCUAACGGAAGCAAUGACCCUGGAGGCAGGUCUGGACUCAAACCAGGUGGCAGAAUCCAAGCCGGAGAAAGCUUUUCAACCUUCAGAAAUUAAUCUGCAUGGCUCACACUUCCACAGUCCCUCUGACUGCUGCAUGACUUACAUCCGCCGCAACAUCCGGUGUGUCUUCAUGGCAGGUUACUAUGAAACCAGCAGUGGGUGCUCCAGGCCAGGUGUCAUCUUUAGCACCAAGAACGGGAAACAGGUCUGCGCCGACCCCCACAAUGAGCGUAUUCAAGAGUGCAUGAAUGGUCUAUCUGGAGGUCCUAAGAUAGAGGAACUUUUUGAAGAGGGGCGCAGGAUAGACCUCAAUAUGUAACCCUCUGGUCCCAAGUAUCUUCUGGAAAUUACUUGGACUAAAUUAAUUAUUAAAGAAUAAUAUUUCUUGUUUGGUUCUAAUUAUAAGGACAGUGCAUCUAAUAAAGCAUCUUCUAUUUA